AUGAGCAACUACACGCUGGGAAAUCUCAACGAGGAUGGUGUGUUCUGCUCCAGCGAGAUAUCGAUCGUGGCCGCUUCCAGCGCCACCUUUAUCGCCGUGCUUGGAACAAUCGGAAAUGUGACGACGCUGCUGGCACUGGGCCGCAAUCAGCCUGUACGCCAUCGACGUCGUCAACCUACAACGGCGUUCGUCCUUUCGUUGGCCACAGCCGAUCUACUGUUCUGUGUGGCCGUGAUGCCGUUGAUGGGCCUUCGAUAUGGUCGACGAAGUUGGCCCUUUGCUUACGACAGCUUAUGGUGUCGUUUAUUUCCGGUGGUCCUGUACGGGACGGUUGCAACAUCCGUGUUAAGCCUGGUAGCGUUGACCGUGAACCGGUACGUCCUUAUCGUACACCCCAGCUGGUACGGAUCGAUCUACAGGACGGCUGGUAUGGUUCCGUUGCAGCUCGUAUUUUGCUGGGCCAUUCCGUAUGGUUUAAUGGCUUUGCCACUGUUUGAGCUCUGGGGCCGACUAGGAUUCGAUCCGCGGACGUUCUCCUGCACAGUGUUACCCUCGAUCAGUUCGUCGGGCCAUUUUUCUGCCAGUCCGAAGAAGUUCAUCUUCAUCGUUGGCUUCGCGCUACCCUUCUGUGCGAUCGUCCUGUGUUAUACGGCGAUCAUUGGUGCUGUACGGCGGCAACGACGUAACAUGCAGCGGUAUGCCGUUAAACCGACGAUAUCACCUACGGCCACUCCGGGCAGUCCCGUGGCAGCCACCCCGAGCAAUGAUGACGAUGAGCGACAUUUGACGCGCACAACGGCCGCCAUAUUUGGGUGCUUUAUGCUCUGCUUUCUACCACUUACGAUCGCCAACGUGAUCCUCGAGGGUGCCGGUUCCGCCGGAGAGGCCGGUGAUGUGCAUGUGUUGGCAUCGAUACUCACAUGGCAUUCGGCUGUACUUAAUCCUUUCAUUUACGCGCUGGGAAGCCGGCACUAUCGUAACGCGUAUUGGGCUGUAUUGCGAUGCACUGAUUGCAAAAAAUCUGAAAACCGGCGAAGAAUAACGUUCCACAGACAUCAGGCUACAACGACGCCAGGAACUGUGGAAGCAUCAAAAUCUGUUAUCUCUACUCCAGAUAAUACAGGAAGUGGAUCUCGAAAUAAUUCGGAUGUGUGA